GCUGGGUGGGGAAAGUUUAGCUUUUCCUGAAUGACGAAGAUAUGUAACUAACUGGUGCGGAAAAACUAUAAAGAUAGGUCCACGCAUCAAGCGGUACUUAGUAUACGGAUUUAUUUCGCCACCCAAUGGAUACGCGGUAUUAGUAGGUAGUGCGAGUUUCUUAAUUUAGUGCUGUUGGAAAAAAAAACUUUUUUAAACAUGGCAAACCUAGUGCAAAUAGUAACCAUUACUAUGGCACUAGUCCACUCCGUCCGACCGUUAUCAAUCGAACAUCCACACAGCUUUUCGCUGUUCAAGCGAGGCGUUGUGCUCGGAGACAUGACAUACAGCUAUGCCGCGACUGAUAUGGGAUCUUCGAAUGGAGGGCGUGUGAAAACUGUGACUGUCAUCAAAAAUGUAUCCAUACCCAAACCCACCAGCACAAUGUUCAGCGAUCGCACGGAACAAUUCUUCGAAACGUUUGAUCUGAGUGGCCACAAGAAACAAGAACAAGUUCAGUACUGGCCCCCAGACGAUACGAACAAAAUGAAGAAAAUCACCAUAAAACCGCCUACAUUCGACAUUCCUAGUAUCCCAAAAAUUCGAGAACCCCCACAGGAAGAAUUUAAGCAUCCAGCGGAGCUGCUUGAAAUAGCCAAAAGUGCAGCCAAAACUCAAAGCAAACUGUUGAAAACUCAAAACUUGGCCAACGACGACACAGGACCAGUGAUGUUCCCACCAGAUGCUCAAAUGAUGAAGAAAAAGAAUAACGGCGUCAUUAGUGUAGCAAAAGAGUACACAAGCAUUCUAACCAGCACACCAAAAGAUUGGAGCAAACCCAAAACUGCCAGCAAGCUAAGCACCAAGGUUGAACCGACAAAAAUCAAGGAAUUCGAACCCGAGAGCUACAACUCGUUCGACCCGAAUUCCAUGUACCAAGAUGACUUCGACCAAACCGAAUAUGUGUAUUUGCCGGAAACGAAAACCUUCGCCUUCAAACAGGUUUCCAAAGCCUCGGGCGAGUUUGCCGAUAAAAUUAAAAGCACUCCCUACGCCAUCAAGGAUCCUUCUCCGCCGAGCACGAUAGACUUCAAGCUCUACAGUGAAAACGACACAGCCACCCCGGAUCUACUAUUCUCCGAGCUGGCGAACGCCGUUGCCACUCGUAAUGUAACGAUGAUCAAGUCCCUGGCCGGUCAGCUCGACGAACCGUUCGAAUUCGCCAAGUUCAACUUCGAAUCGCUCAAAACUGACGAUUACAUUCCGAUUUCGUUCGAUUUCAGUCCGACAAGCAAGAAGGGGCACAUCAUGCCGGAAACGACAACAAAAGGAAUGAAGAAAAUGGACAUUUCGGAUGAUUUUGUACCCACAACGGAAAAUACUCCUACGCCGACCACGGGGAAACCAGCCAAGUACAUUGCACCAAGACUGAGGGGCUUCAAACGGUUUUCGUCCCGUAAGCAGUGAGCCAGCCAUUAUUAUGUUCAUUAGUUUUGUGUUAGGACGGUUAGUAAUUUAUUGUAUAGAUACCUACUCGUUACGUUUGCGCAGUUUCGCAUUCCUGCUUGUUCUGUUGUUAGUUAAUAUAAAUCUUGAAUGGAGUCAGUGUCAUGUUAGUUAAAAUCCGAAAACCGUUCCUUGAAAAGGUGCAGCUCUGCCCUUUGGUCGAUUUUGAUAUACUUGUAUGCUU